UGCCUGAGCCAAAAGUGUGUGCGCGGGCGAGAGUGCGCUCACACUGAAGAAGAGGAGGCAUGCGGCUGGAAGUCAGGUGCCUCUACCAUCCCCGCACGCCCACCGAACAUCACUAAAGACGGCGGUCUCACACGCGUGCGUGUUUGCGCGGCAGAGCCAAGGAGACCCUCUGAGGGCACACGGAUGCGAGAGAGAGGCGGGGAGCCGAGGACGAGGAGAGGAGAAGGAGCGCGGGGAGGAAAGCAUCGCACUCCGGCGGACGGCGCUGCGUCUCCCUGGCAACCAGGAUGGGCUGCAAUUUGUGCACCUUGCGGAAGCGGGAGGAGCACUACAAGCUGCUGUAUGAGAUCGCACAGGUGAACGGCAGGAACUUCUCCAAGGUGGAGCAGGAUGACCCCAUCGUGGUCCAGGUUCUACGGCCCGGCAGAGCUUCAGUGGCCCAGUGCCAGGAUGAGGCGGCGUGCGUGACGGACGUGUGCACGCAGACGGACAUCACCUUCGAGCACAUCAUGGCACUGGCCAAGCUCCGGCCCGCCACGCCGCCCGUCCCUGACAUCUGUCCCUUCCUUUUGUCUGACAGCUGUCACUCCAUCCACACAAUGGAGCACGAGUUUUAUGAAUGUCCCGAGUACCUGUCCAACACACCGGCAGAAGUGGGGAGGACUGAAGAGUAUGUUUAUGAGGAAGUGGUGUUGCGCAGACAGAACAGUCAGGAAAAGCUGGGCCUGACGCUGUGCUACAGGACCGACGACGAGGAGGACGCAGCCAUUUAUGUAAGCCAGGUGGAGCCAAACAGUUUAGCAGGACGAGACGGCCGCAUUAUAAACGGAGAUCGCAUUCUCCAGAUAAAUGGCUGUGGGGUGCAAGAUAGAGAGAGGGCGGUUUCCCUGCUGUCGGGAGAAGAUGCAAAGAGUAUUGUCCUGCUGGUGACAAGGCCGGAGACGCAGCUGGAAGAGGAUGUGUGGCUUGAUGAUGAGCAACAGGAGCUUGUGGAAGAACUGAAGAUCCUGAAGGAAAGAGAGGAGGGUCGGAGGAAAGAUGAGGCAAAAGAAGAAAGGACAACUGACACUUCCAACAGUCAAGACAAAGACAGCGGGUUUGGAUGUAGUACAGACAGUCCGGACAACCAACCUUUACUGGCCAGACUCUACAGGAGGAGUCCAGCCCAGUCCUUGAGGGAACAAUGGCGAGCACAGCAUCCGCACACAAAACAAGCUUCUGUUAUACUGCAGGACUCUAAAAGCCAAGGUCGAGAGGAGCUAGUGAGUAUUCACAGUGGUGGAAGCGGGAUCUUAGGUUUGGAGAACCACUUCCAGCAACUGCUGGAACUCAAGUGUCAAAUCCGGAACGGCGUAGAGUGCGGCGUGUACUCCAUACGACAUAGCAUCGAGUGUAGUCUCACAGAGAGGGAAAGAGACGAGGACCUCGAGGAGGGCGAAGGGAUGGAGCAAGAGUUGAGGAUUUUAAACGAAGAGCUGCGUAACAUUGAGCUAGAGUGCCAAAACAUCAUGCAAGCUCAUCAGCUCCGCCAAGCACAACAGAUGGACCCCUCCUGCUCAUCCUUGCCAGGCAGGAGGCUCAGGGAUGAGUGCAAGAGCCACAGCAGGCUUGCUGACAUCCAUGAACACCCAGAAGGUGAUAAGAUCCGAGAGAAGGACAGCUCCAGUGCCUACAACACGGCAGAGAGCGCGCGAUCCACUCCGUUGGGUAAGGAACGAUCUCCUGAGCACUCCUUGCAGAGACGCAUCAGCAUUACCAACCAGAAGAACCUCCAGAUGCCUUCACCCACGCCCUCCAGCUUCAUCCCCAUCCCAAAGCCUCAGGGAUUAGCCAGCCAAGGUGGCCAACCGGAUCCUUGUGCAGUUUUCUCCAGCAGCCCAGACCAGAGUAACCCUUCUCGAUCAGAAUCCGACCCGGCACUGCCUGCGGACGAUGAGAGGUGCGAGAAAAGGGGAAGAACCAAAGAUUCAAAGAGAAACCUUCCGCUUGCCUCGUACCAAACCACCCCUUACCAAGGCUCAAUUGGUACACGACAACUUCAGAGCUACAUGCAACUGCUACAACACUCUUCCCUGGAGUAUUCCCAGAGCCAAAUGAGUUUGCUCAGUGUCUGCAGAGAUCCACUGAACCGGAUUGGUCUACCUGGAGAACCCCGUCUAGAGUGGAAGGUCAAAGUCCGGAACGACGGGUCUCGCUACGUGGCCCGGAGACCCGCCCGUGACCGCAUCCUAAGGGAGCGAGCGCUACGAAUCCGGGAGGAGCGCAGCGGUGGCAUGACCACGGAUGACGACGCGAUGAGCGAGAUGAAGAUGGGCCGCUACUGGAGCAAAGAGGAGAGGAAGCAGCACCUGGCCCGGGCCAGGGAGCAGAGAAAGAGAAGGGAGUUCAUGCAGAAGAGCCGCUUCGAGUGUCUCAAGGAGGCUUGUGCAAGCGACGGCCGCAAGGAGAUGAACAUCUUGGAGCUGAGUCACAAGAAGAUGAUGAAGAAACGGAACAAGAAGAUUCUGGACAAUUGGAUGACCAUUCAGGAGCUGAUGAGUCAUGGGGCACGAGCGCCGGAGGGCUCCAAAGUCCAUAACGCCUUCUUAUCUGUUACAACGGUUUAGGACUUGUUUACAGCGCACUUUUGUACACCAUUUUUGCUGAGGACAUGUAGCAUUCCUUCACUUGAAGACUCAACGUUUUACUGUGUUUUUUGACUGGAAAGAAGUGUGUUCAAAAAUCCCAUCACAUCCAGUAUUUAUGUAUUGUGACUCCAUCUAAAGCCUCAUUCAAGGCAGUGUUUUUAUACCAGGGGAAAAUAUGUUAUUUUUCACACUUUGUAACCUCGCUACUCAAGUUUUUUGUAUGGACUUUUUUACACUGAAUUUUGUGUACAUAUGCUGUUGUAACUGUAUCAUCAAAAACUGUGGAGGUCAAACAUGACACUGAUUGUACCAUCGCUUCCCACCAGAGCAACAUGGAGACACGGAUAUUUAUUAUUAACCUGUUAAUCCUAUUGGAGAUGACUGCAAAAAAAACAAACAAAAAAAAAUAA